AUGUCUCCACGCUCCCCGCUCAGUCCUCAUGGUCAAUGGUGUCCUGUCUGUGAUUCAGGGUACGACCACUGGAAGGGCCAGGUGAUGACGGCUGGCGAGCUGCAGACUCUGUAUGAAGGUCUCCGCCUGAACGACGUCACUCGCUAUGACUACGUGCUGACAGGCUACACGCGGGACACGUCGUUCCUGGAGAAGGUGAUGGAGAUAAUUCAGGAGCUGCGGAGACAGAAUCCCAAGCUGGUUUACGUUUGUGAUCCAGUGAUGGGUGACAAGAGGAAUGGGGACGGGUAUAUGUAUGUUCCAGAAAUCCUGCUUCCGGUCUACAAGGAGAAAGUGGUCCCUCUGGCCGACAUCAUCACUCCCAACCAGUACGAGGCAGAGAUCCUGGCCGGGCGGAAGAUGAACACGGAGAAGGAAGCCAUUGAGGUGAUGGAUGUUCUUCACGAGAUGGGUCCUGACACUGUGGUUAUCACCAGCUCUGACCUGCCGUCGCGGUUGGGCAGCAACUACUUGGUGACUCUGGGCAGCCAGAGGAAAGUGUUGGCAGGCGGUUGCCGUGUGACGGAGCGUAUCCGGAUGGAGAUCCCCAAGGUGGACGCGGUGUUUGUGGGGACGGGCGACCUGUUUGCAGCCAUGCUCCUGGCCUGGACACAUCAGCACCCCAACAACCUGAAGAUCGCCUGCGAGAAGACGGUCUCCGCCCUUCAGCACAUCGUGACGCGGACCAUCGCCAACGCCAAGGCGAUGGCUGGCCCUGGCAAGAGUCCCAGUCCUGCCCAGUUGGAGCUGCGGGUGAUCCAGAGCAAGCAGCAGAUCGAGAACCCGGAGAUAACCAUCAACGCCACCAUCAUCUAGCCCGUCGCCAGACCCUGCCGUCACCUGCCCCUUGUCGCACCCUCCCUCCCCUCCCUCCCAUCCCCCCCCCCCCCCCCCCCCCCCCCCCCCCCCCCCCCCCCCCGGGACCGUGGCUGGGUGAGGGGGAGAGUCGGCGCCAGGAACAGAUCCCUCAUCGCCCCGCUGGCACGUCGAGCUUCCGCUACCCCAAGGACCAACGCAGGGGCACUGCCAGCUGUGCCCACCUGGGGGAACAUCUGUCCCGCUCUCUGGCUGUGGGGAGGGGGCACGGCACUGCACUGCAUCACGUCGUGGGCAUGCAGUAGUGGGCAUGCAGUGGGUAUCUGGGCAUGCACUGGUGGGCAUGCAUUGGGUCGCUGGGCAUGCACUGGUGGGCAUGCAGUGGGCAGUUGGACGUGCACUGGUUAGUUGGGCAUGCACUGGUGGGCAUGCAGUGGGUUGCUGGGCAUGCACUGGUGGGGCAUGCAGUGGGCAGUUGGGCAUGCACUGGUUAGUUGGGCAUGCACUGUGGCAAAGAUCAGUGAAUAUUUUAAACUGUGAACUCUCCGAAUCACUCACUGGUGAUCUACAGUGAAUCAUCUCUCAAUCCCCCCCCCCCCCUCACUCUCCGUCCCGCCAGUAUCAAACUAUUCCAGCAUCCGUGGAGUGAGAAUCGCAGUGAACGAGUCCUCUGUGGGACUCUGCACCACAACUGCUUCUCUCUCCGCAGAUGCUGCCUGACCUGAGGUUUAUUCGGGCAUUUUACAGCAGCUGCGGGUUUUUUUUGUUUGUUGUCUGUUUGACCUUUAACCUCUGGGCACCCGGCUGCCGGUGGGAGGUUGGUGAGGUUUUGUCUCCGUUCGAUAGCGAGUUCCCGCUCUCCCCUUCAAUAAAACACUCGACCUCCUUCCCCCAGAGAUGUGUCUGCCGCUCGCAGCGACAGAGUCCGAGCGAGCCCACCCACCCACUCCGUCACCAGCUGUCCUCCCACCCACCGCACCGCUUGACCCACUGGCGUGGGAAGGAACUGCAGGUGCUGGUUUCAACCGGAGAGAGACACUAAAUGCUGGAGUAGCUCAGCGGGACAGGCAGCAUCUCUAGACAGAAGGAAUGGGUGACGUCUUGGGUCAAU